AAGAAAUGCGAAAGAGAGAGAAAUUUCCUCUUCCUUUCUUUCAUGCUUACGACAAAACUUCACCGCCACCUGUUUUGUCUCAAAUCUUUUAAUGUUUUUUAAUAAUAUAAUUUAUUAUACUACACAUGCAAGUUUGGGGAUAUGAUAUUAACCUUGAUCAUCAUCAUCAUCAACAUGAUGAAGUGCCAAAGGUGGAAGAUUUGCUCUCAAACUCUCAUCAAACCGAGUAUCCUAUGAACCAUAACCAAACCAGUGUCAACUGCACCACCGUGGUUAACAGAUUAAACCCACCCGGUUACGUUCUCCACGAACAACCCGUAGUUACACCACAAUACCCGAACCUAGAUCCGGAUCUAAGCCAUGAGUAUGGAGCUUUUGAGAGGGUCGGUUCGGUCUCGGUUUUCAAAUCUUGGUUAGGGCAAGGCACCCCAGCAUUUCCAUUCUCGAGUACUUACGUUACAGAAGAGGGUGGUACGAGCAAUAAUAUUAGUCAUUUUAGUAACGAAGAGACUGGUUAUAACACCAAUGGCUCGAUGCUAUCAUUGGCUUUGAGCCAUGGGGCUUGUUCUGAUUUGAUCAACGAAACGAAUGCAUCUGUAGUGCCGGUAGAAGAACCGGUUAAAAUAGAUGAGAAGCGGAAGAGAUUGACUGGCAAAUCUCAGGUGAAGGAUUUGGUUCCUCGGAAGUCGGUUGAUAGUUUCGGACAAAGAACUUCUCAGUAUCGUGGAGUUACAAGGCAUAGAUGGACAGGGAGAUAUGAAGCUCACUUAUGGGAUAAUAGCUGUAAGAAAGAGGGUCAGACAAGGAAAGGAAGACAAGGAGGGUAUGAUGAGGAGGAGAAAGCAGCGAGGGCUUAUGAUUUAGCGGCUCUGAAGUAUUGGGGUCCUACCACUCACUUAAAUUUCCCUUUGAGUAAUUACGAAAAGGAGAUCGAGGAACUCAAUAACAUGAAUAGGCAAGAAUUUGUUGCCAUGCUGAGGAGGAACAGUAGCGGGUUUUCGAGGGGAGCUUCAAUUUACAGAGGAGUUACAAGGCAUCAUCAACAUGGAAGAUGGCAAGCUAGAAUUGGAAGAGUUGCUGGAAACAAAGACUUGUACCUUGGCACAUUUAGCACGCAAGAAGAAGCAGCAGAGGCGUACGAUAUCGCGGCAAUUAAAUUCAGAGGCCUAAAUGCUGCUGGAAGAUGGAUCUUGUAUAGCACUGGUGAAUGGGAGUUCAAGAUGGAUUCUUAUCGGCAGGGGAGGGCGUUGAGUUUGAUGGGGUUAAAAACUUUCAGGGAUUUGGAGCUUAAAGUGAGGCAACUGUACAGAAUGGAGAGGAGCUCGAUAUCAACUGAGCUUAGCUACAUGUUUGAGGACAAUUUAGCACUGUUAGCUGGUGUUCAGCCGGGCCCGACAAUGAUUCGGUGUGAUCGGCAGUUUCGAAGCUUUAAAUCUUUAAGCAUUCAUGAUAAAUCUGUGAACCUGUUCGUGUGUUUUAGAGAAGGCGAUGGAGUCAAAGUUGGGCCUACUCCUGAAGCUCGAAGGAUCGGGAGUUGUUUUGCUAAGGGUUUAGAACUAGGAGAUUCAUCUGCAGGUAUCGUAGAGGCUGGAGGUAAUUCAAGAGCGACAGAGGAAGUUGGAUACUUUUCUGGACUUUUAUCUGCAGUUCAAGACAAUAACACUGUUUAUCCUCCAGUUCAAGGCAAUAACUCUCAGUUAGCAAUCGCACAGAGUUCAGAUGUUAUUGACAGCUCCGGUGGGUGGGACAUAAGUGAUGAAAUCCUGUUAGCUGCCGUUGAAGCAGUGGAGAAGUCGUCUAAAACAGAUUUGGUUGCUUUCACAGGGCUAACCACAUCUGUAGCAGUGGAAGAUGGAAUGGAGAGCAGUGGAGAUGAAGAGUGUUCCGAAAACUCCGAUGAUUCUUAUACUUACAGUGGAGGUAGUGAAUCAGAAGAUGAUGAUUACGAUUACGAGAACAACACGGUAGGUAGGCUUGAAGCUGGAAGAGAAAUUGUGGGAGAUGAAGACAGUGGGGAUGAUGAUUUUGUUGAGCAACCCCCGAAAAAGAAAGUCAGACAGAAAGAAAAAGGGAAAGGAAUUGAAGAAAGGACUGACAAUCUUGCAUGUGUAGGAGCUGUUAUGACAGAGUUUCUUCACACUAUUCAGAAGGGGAUAAGCAUUGAUGAAGUUUAUGGUUAUGAGGACAUUGAGCCAAUGUUUGGAGACGAUGAUAUGGAUAGGAAAGCAGCUCAUGUUGACUUGAGCAAAGAGGAUGACAAUAUGAAGAAAAUAUCUAGAACUGUCGGAGACAUUCCAAUUGCUGUUGAAAGAGAGCUGCUGAAACGUUUCAAAGGUGGAUUGGGGAUGACAGUUUUGGCUGUUGGUAGGUGGGAUUUUGAAGUAGUCGCAAAGGAUGGAGAACAGUUCCUCGUCUCCUUGGAACAACAGACUUGCUCUUGCUUGGAGUUUCAAAAAAUUAGAAUUCCCUGUGUUCAUGCGAUGGCUGCAGCUCAUGACAGGAAUUUGGAAUUCAGAACGUUGGUUGGAGAGAUGCAUAGGCUGGAAAUGUGGUCACCAACGGUCCAAGAAUCUAUCCUCCCAGUACGCGAUCCAUCGGAGGUGGAUGUUCCUGAGGAAAUAAGAGUUUUAUGUUUAAUGCCUCCGAAAACAAAAAGACCCCCGGGGAGACCCCCAAAGCUGCGGAUACAUUCAGUUGGGGAAUAUGAGGGGAAUAAUAAGUCAAAACAGCCUAACAAGUGUGGAAGAUGUGGAGGUGUAGGUCACAAUCGGGUUACGUGUACCAACCCACUUGGUUGACGCUUUGGAAUGUAAGCAAGAUGUGUAAGGCUUUUUGGGGAGUUUGUCUUAUCAAUGGAGGAGGAUUUUGGCAGGGGUCGUUUUUUGGUAAUUUAAAAUGUAUUGUUUUCGGAAGGGGUAGACAUUCAUAUGAAAUAUGUUCGGAGACAAAUUUCAGAUAAAUGUCUCUUUUUAGG